AUGUGCCCUUCCUUCAGUUCUCAGGUUUCUGGAACCUCUGAUGAGGAGCUAGAGAAAGCAUCAGGGCUCAUCUCCCUGGGCUCUUUCCUUUCUCCAGGAAGCCACAGUGCUUCAGAAGCAGCUCUGCCAGGAGCUGCCCCAAGUUACCCUAAACCUUUUCCUCCCUGUCAACCAGUAGAAUGUCUUGCAAGAGCAAAAUCCGUCCCUAGCCACACAUACUCCAAUGAAGUGGUUACCUUGUGGUACAGACCUCCUGAUGUUCUCCUGGGCUCUACAGAAUAUUCCACCUGCCUUGACAUGUGGGGAGUUGGAUGCAUCUUCGUUGAGAUGAUCCAAGGAGUUGCUGCAUUUCCAGGAAUGAAAGACAUUCAGGAUCAGCUUGAACGAAUAUUUCUGGUUCUUGGAACACCAAAUGAGGACACUUGGCCGGGAGUUCAUUCCUUACCACAUUUUAAGCCAGAACGCUUUACGGUGUACAGCUCUAAAAGCCUCAGACAAGCAUGGAAUAAGCUCAGCUAUGUAAAUCAUGCUGAAGAUCUGGCUUCCAAGCUUCUACAGUGUUCCCCAAAGAACAGGCUAUCUGCACAGGCUGCCUUGAGCCACGAGUAUUUCAGCGAUCUGCCCCCGCGGCUAUGGGAGCUGACUGAUAUGUCUUCUAUUUUUACCGUCCCAAAUGUGAGAUUGCAACCUGAAGCUGGAGAGAGUAUGAGGGCCUUUGGAAAAAACAAUAGCUAUGGCAAAAGUCUAUCAAACAGCAAGCACUGACAAGGCUGACAUUCUCCUGAGAGCACAGGAUUAAGUUGUCAUCAUUCUGGGAAGAAGAAGAAAUAAAAAAAUAAAAAAACACUAACGAAGUGGCCAACAGUGUGGGCCUCCUGGAUCAGUUCCCUUCUACCCCCUGUGGUGGAUUUCACUUACAAGAAAAUUGAAGCUGGCAAGACCCUGUUUUCUCUGCAAUUUAUUUAAAACCUUGCACGCAUUUGGAUACCUUGUGAUUUCCAAGAGCUAUGUGAAGAUUAAGCUUUCCUUACUGAUAUGUGGCAUGUACUCUUUUCAGUCUUUUGUGUGUGAUUCUGUUUGACUUCCCUCUGCUGCACAGUGUCUCUGUGAAGGUUUUUAUGCUUUCAGCAGCCGUGUCUUAAAUACAUUAAGACAACACA